AUGGAAAAUAUAAAUAGAGUAAAUAAAUAUGACAACCCAAAUGAAGCUAUCAAAAAUAUGGUUGACAAAAUAAUAAAUAAGUUGAAUAAGACACAGAAAGAUUCUUCUAAAAGGAUAUAUUAUAGCAGGAAGGAAAUGAUGAAGUACUUUUUAGAUGCUCAGGAUAUAUUUGAAUAUCAUGAUGUGGGGAAAAAAGGAGAAGUUGAUAUAACAUUAUUUCCUAAAAUGGCUAGACAAUUAAAACAAGUAUAUGAUAUAAGAGAUAUAAAUAAUUUUAAAAAAGAAAUGAAAAUUAAAAAAAUUUAUAAGAUGGAUUUACAAUUAUUUUUUACUUUAUUAAAAAGAAAAAUACUUUAUUCCAUAAAUAAUAGUAAUAAUAAUGAAAAUGACAAUUCAUCCUUUAGACAACAUUAUGACAUUUUAGAUAUGAAAAAAAAACAAUUAUUAGAUGUAGACGAAUUAAGAACUUAUUUAGGAUUAAUGGGUGAUAAAAUAAAUCCAGAUGAUUUUAAUAUUUUAUUAAGAUAUAACUUGAUAAAUAAUCACAGAAUAAAUAAAGAUGAUAUUGUAUUAGAUGAAAAUAAAGAAAUUAAAAAUAUAUCUUUUAAUGCGUACGUUGACAUGUUAACAUGUUAUAAAUAUAUAUGA